GUCACGCUGGUCUGGUUUCACAGUCACUGAUAUGGGGCAUGGACUUCGAAAAUUGUCUGCUGUCAAACUUGGUCAAGGAACAGGAUUGAUGCCCGCCACGAGUACAUCCAACGGACAGCAUGCUGAAACAGACUUUUUGUCAGAUUUCACGCUAAAUAUAGAGAGUAGUGGCCGCAUCCUUCAGCUGCUACGCAGUAAUGAAAAAAUCUCUCAACGCAUUCAGCAAGGUGUACAGUUUGUAAUGGAUGCGGCAUGCGACGCUGAAGAACUUGAAUUGGAAAAUAAGCUUUAGGAGACGAUAUGCGCAAGUGCAUCAACCUUGAAGCGAAACUUCACCAUCAAGAAGAAACUCUUAAGCAGUUAAAUUCGCAAAUUCUAGACGGCCAACAAAUUAAAAGUAUGGUGAGCUAUUAUAACGAGCACCAACACGAUUAUGAAGAACGGCAAUCCCAGGUAUCCGAAAGCACAAAGUAUAAACGGCAUGAUGCUUACCGUGAAUUUAAGCAGCGUGUAUGGGAUGUCCAUCAUAAUGACGAAGAGAUGCCGCUAUCAGAGGAUGAAAACUCUGAUGAAGAUAUUAUCGUUGGGCGAGCUAAGCAAUCAUUGACAUGCCCCUUGACAACUGUAUACUUUGAAAAUCCAGUAAUGAGUAAACUGUGCAAGCACAAUUUUUCUUACCACGCCAUAAUACAACUUUUUCCACGAAACAAUCAAGCAAUAGAGUGUCCGAUUCCUGGAUGUGAUAAACACAUGUCUAAAGAUGAUUUAGUGCAGAACCAUUUGCUAGCAAAGAAAGUUGAACUGGCCAAGAGGCAAGAGACACAACGCAGCAAAGCCAACACGAACUACCAUGUUGUCACGGAUUAAUACCUUUAACAUAUCCUUAAUUUCUUCUCACGUUGGGACAACCCAUAAACCAAUGCAAAUGUACCAUAUCAUCGCAAUAAAAACCCCCGUCAUGUCCAUUAUCCACGUAGAUAAUCA